AUGAGAACAAUAACUGUUGUUUACAAAGGAGCCCUGCUUUGGCUGCUCCAAAGUCCAGGCGAGCUGGAAGCACUGGAGGCAAAAUCUCCAAGGCAAUUCGUAACCCGGGGGCAUGAAGGUGGACAACAUCGCCGUCCAUUCUUGUUUCCAAAUAUUCUGAGCUCAGCUACACCUCCACAUUGCCACAAGGCCAAGAUUGUCCGAAAUAGUCGCUUGACCGAAACGUCGACUGCGCAAAUACGGGGAACCAAGUGUACGUACGGUUUUGUCAUUCUGCUUUCAGCGCCCAGCACUUGCAUGCCAUGUGGCUGUGCCAUCGACAUCUGCAACAGACGCCAUCACGCAACUCCAUCACGACCACAAAAUUUGCCAGCCAUGGAGAGGCUCCGAGGGAAUCAUAUUGAUCGCACUAGUACCGCAGAUUGCUGCGAAAUCAGGCCAUUUUGGAAACUUCUCUUGUGCUCAGGAAUCCAUAUUAGUGUCACAAUCUGUGAACUUGGAGAGGAAAGCCAUGGCCCCUGA